AGUAAGUAGGAUGGUGCGGUGGAAUCAAACUAUGUUUCUAUUACAAGAAUAUCCAUAUUCCUUUCGAAGUAGUUUAAAUGAAAAAAUAGUUUUAUAUAUGAAAUCAAAGUGACAUUCUAAGGCCAACAAUACUGUUGUUUGGAUUUGAUUUUAAUUCUCGUCAUAGAUAUAAAUAAACAUGUACCAAUGGUGAUCUUAUUGGAGGAAAUAAGAUGUCAAAAUUAUUUGCUUAACAUCCACAUGUCUCAUUGUGUACAUGAGAUGUUGUUAAGUAAAUAAAUUCCCAAGUGUUCACUCAAAUUAUCUGACAUGAACAAGAUACUGUUAUUUCCCUGAAAACAAUGAGAUAAAACGCAAGUGUGUUCAGUGACAUACAUUGAAAUGUGACCAUGGAAUUUUGCAUUAUUGGAUUCAAAAACUUUUUGAUAUUUGUGUUAAUUUUAAUGCUGCCGUGCGCAGCGUGCUCAAAUAUUGACUGCAAUGGGAAAGCUUUUCACUGCGUGAAUUCGACACAUUUCAAGAUAUGCGUUGAUUUUGGCGGAGGAAUAUCGACGACUGUGGACGAAUAUUUAAUUCCGUGUCCACAAGAUACAGUGUGUAAAUCAUAUAACCUAUAUGAAUGUGAGUAUGAGAAAACGACCACUUCUUCUACAGUGACAGUGCAAAGUGAAGUAACGAACGAACUGUUUGAAAGUAUUGGUGUGUCCUCUGGGGAAUAUUCGGAUGUAACAACAGUAUUUCCUACAAAUCAGGAGCCAGGUAGAAAAUUGUCAAAAAAUUACGAAAACACAGACAGCACCUCUGCGAGACCUAUAUCUACUUUACCAAGUCAUUAUGUACUAAAUAAAGUGACUGUCGCUAAUUUAAGUACUUUAAAUUCUAGUAAUACUCUUCAGAGUUCUCGGGAGUUAUUAAAUCCUGAAAAAAAUAUUGUUUUGCCAAAAAAUAUUAAAAUUUUGCCACCAAAUAUAAUUCAAUCAGUGACCGAAAAUUAUAAUGAUACGAGUAAUAGUACUGAGACUCCACUAUCUUAUUCGACCUUACUAGAUAGAGUUUCAAAUGAUAACUUAAUAAAUAAAAAUUCAACAUCACUACCACAACAACCGGCUACUUCAAGUGUUUCACCAGAUCUUAAUGAUAGUCUGAAUCAAGACUUGAAUAACUUGAAAAGUACUGACUUAAAUACCGUGUCCAAGUUUCUACUUCAAAACAGUAAUCAAGACACAACUCACAUAUUGGACGAUAAUAACUUGCCAAAUAGAGUUACUGUUCCUAAUGACCUUGAUUCGGCGACAACAUAUAAUUAUUCUCGAUACAAUAAAUCAGAUUUUAUUACAAAUAGUUACCAUUUAGAAUUUUCUACGAUUGGACCUCCAUUAAUUAGUAGGUCUGUCAAUGUUAGCUCAGAACUAAAUUCAUUAUUUAUAACAACAACUGAAACCUACGACACAGCUGAAACUAAAUUACAAAUAAAUUUAAAUAAGGCUAAAGAUAAGCAAGCUCUUCAGAAGAUAAAAGACAAAACCUUUCCUCCAAGGCCUAUUGAAGACACAAAUGAUCAGUUUCCUUCAACUAUAUAUAGUAGUAAUACAGAAGUUGAUAUUGAAAAAGGAAAAUAUAUUUAUCCCAAUUUAGAGAAUAAUGAAUUAUUCAAAUUCAAUGACAGCCAUAUUAUAAUAUCAACACCUAGUUUACCAACGACGUCUGGGAAUGUAAAUAAUAUAACUAGUCAAAGAAUUAUUGUUUUAGAUAACGGUGUAGAUAGUAAUACGAAAAUUGAUUUGUUCUUAGAUAAACAAAACUUCACACACAUUGAUAUAGAACAAACACCUGACAAGGAUACAUUAAAUUUAAAAAAAUCUUUGAAUUCUUUAGCACCUUUAGCUUUUUUAAAUGAUACAAAACAUACAACUUCAGCGCAAACCCAUUUCCCUGAUGACAAAGUAAUGUCGCCUACAGAAGGUGUAACUUUAAGUACAGAAGCGAAUAACGAAUCUCGGACUUUGGUGUUGAAAGACUGGGAAGACUUUUACAAAACCAAAAGAUUAGGUGGUGCUCUGACAUCGUCGUUGUUCCCAAAUACUACUACAGUUACAACCGAGACAAUAUCAUAUCAGACCACCAAAGAUGAAAUUUCUAUUACUACUUUGGAUUACUUAGCUAAAGAAACAACUCCAAAAUUUGAAUCCUCUUCUGAGCCUACAUUGAUUUUGAAUACAACAACAACAACAUUUGAUAAAGCUGACUUAUUUGCAACGAUAGAGGUUAAAAAAGCAGCACCUGAGACAAAACUAGAUGUGACCAACGAAAUACGACCGAUUAUUUUGGGUGAUCCAAACGUAUUAUUACAAGAAAACACUUCAAAAAGCUUGUCUAACCUGACUACAGAAUCUGUACCUUAUAAGAAAAUUGAACUUGGAAAUCAUACUUCUACGAAAAUACAUACAACGCCGGCUGCGACAACAGUAGAUGUGACCAACGAAAUACGAUCGGUUGUUUUAAGUGAUUCAGACUUAUUAUUCAAAGAAAACACUUCAAAAAGCUUGAUUAAUGUGACUACAGAAUCGAUACCUUACAAUAAAAUGAAAGUUGAAAAUCGUACUUCGACGGAGAUACAUACAACGCCGGCUUCGACAACAGUAGAUGUGAUCAACGAAAUACGACCAGUUGUGUUAAGUGAUUCAGACGUAUUAUUCAAAGAAAACACUUCAAAAAGCUUGUCUAACCUGAGUACUGAAUCUAUACCUUAUAAUAAAAUGAAAGUUGAAAAUCGUACCUCUACGGAGAUACAUACAACGCCAGCUGCAACAACAGUAGAUGUGAUCAACGAAAUACGACCGGUUGUUUUAAGUGAUUCAGACUUAUUAUUCAAAGAAAACACUUCAAAAAGCUUGAUUAAUGUGACUACAGAAUCGAUACCUUAUAAUAAAAUGAAAGUUGAAAAUCGUACUUCGACGGAGAUACAUACAACGCCGGCUGCGACAACAGUAGAUGUGACCAACGAAAUACGAUCGGUUGUUUUAAGUGAUUCAGACGUAUUAUUCAAAGAAAACACUUCAAAAAGCUUGUCUAACCUGAGUACUGAAUCUAUACCUUAUAAUAAAAUGAAAGUUGAAAAUCGUACCUCUACGGAGAUACAUACAACGCCGGCUUCGACAACAGUAGAUGUGAUCAACGAAAUACGACCAGUUGUUUUAAGUGAUUCAGACGUAUUAUUCAAAGAAAACACUUCAAAAAGCUUGAUUAAUGUGACUACAGAAUCGAUACCUUAUAAUAAAAUGAAAGUUGAAAAUCGUACUUCUACGGAGAUACAUACAACGCCGGCUUCGACAACAGUAGAUGUGAUCAACGAAAUACGACCAGUUGUUUUAAGUGAUUCAGACGUAUUAUUCAAAGAAAACACUUCAAAAAGCUUGUCUAACCUGACUACUGAAUCUAUACCUUAUAAUAAAAUGAAAGUUGAAAAUCGUACUUCGACGGAGAUACAUACAACGCCGGCUUCGACAACAGUAGAUGUGACCAACGAAAUACGAUCGGUUGUUUUAAGUGAUUCAGACGUAUUAUUCAAAGAAAACACUUCAAAAAGCUUGUCUAACCUGAGUACUGAAUCUAUACCUUAUAAUAAAAUGAAAGUUGAAAAUCGUACUUCGACGGAGAUACAUACAACGCCGGCUGCGACAACAGUAGAUGUGACCAACGAAAUACGAUCGGUUGUUUUAAGUGAUUCAGACGUAUUAUUCAAAGAAAACACUUCAAAAAGCUUGUCUAACCUGAGUACUGAAUCUAUACCUUAUAAUAAAAUGAAAGUUGAAAAUCGUACUUCGACGGAGAUACAUACGACGCCGGCUGCGACAACAGUAGAUGUGAUCAACGAAAUACGACCGAUUAUUUUAGGUGGUUCAGACGUAUUAUUGCCAGGAAACAUUUCAAUAGAGUUGAUCAAAGUGAGUACAGAACCUUUAUCUUAUAAUAAAAUAGAAGUAGAAAAACAUAUUCCUACUGAAACUCCUUUGUUGUUCCAUUCAACAGCAGAUGCAACAGCAGAUGCAAACGAACCUUAUUCUGAUUUAAAUAUCCUAGACUUCCCGAUGAAACCGGAAAGUCGAAAAGGCGGUAUGAGUUUUAGUUCAUCUUUAGUUACUACAGCUUCAACUAACUUUUUCACUUCCAAUACUCUUUCUAAUGAGUUGACUAUGUCCCCACUAUCACUGUCAGAAAAUAAACAUAAAGUUUUGCCUGUUAAUAAUACGAAACCUUUAGAGACAAGCCAGAAUGGUUUAAAAUUAAAAGAGCCCGAAUCCAUUAUAAUAGAAAAAAGAGAUAAAAACGAAACUGAGUGGCUCAGAGACAAUUUAACGUUUAAAAAUGGAGAUAAUAUGACAAAGUUUUUGAUUGAAAACCCAUUAAUUAAAGAAUCGACAGUUAAUUUAACCAAAAUAAAAUCUAUACAAGAUUCUAUGUUGGCAACCCGUAAAGGUGAGACAACAGUUGAUGGAUUAUUAUCCAUAACUACUCCACUAGCUGUUCAACAACAUGUAUCAAAACUUCAUACAGAUGUAUCAAGCGAACCAAAAGCUUACCAAUUGAAGGAGCCCAGACUUCCUCUCUCUUUGAGUUAUUCAGAAAAGAACAAUCCUUCAGAUAAUGCCACCUUUUCAACAAAUUUGGAGAAACCAAUGUAUUUGUUAAAUGUAACCACAAGCUCGGAUGCAUCUGACUUAAAUGGAUCCUUUGAUUUUAUUUCGACAUACCUUCAUAAUGAAGUAAGAAGUAUUGAUGCAGACAAUUUUAAAAUUAAUAAAAACCAAAAUAUUUUUAAAAAUUCAACUGAAAUUUACGAUUCUUCUAAUUUAUUAGAUUGGUCUGAUACGACAACUGAAAUUAUGAAAAAAAUUACAAUUAUGGGCAAAAAUUUUUCCGAAACAGGUUCAUCAAGGAAUUCUAUAAAUAUAUACAAUGUUAGCUUUCCAGAUAUAAAUAUUAAAGAUUCUUCUUCCUUUCCCUUAAAACAUUCGAAUGACUUUAAAUCCAGCUCUAUAAAUUUAGAUAUGACAACAGAAUAUAGAUUAACGUCUAAAAGCAAUGAGAACCAAAAUGUUACUCAAUAUGAAAAAGAGGCCAUUUUAACCAUAGAUUCUUUAACUCCUAUUAAUUCAAACGUUUCUACCUUGGAUAAAGUUUUAACGGAUACAACUAAGACGAGUACAUUCGAUAACAUAUUUAAGGUUGCAAAUUUUACUAAGUCGAUUACAGAAACCAAACGAGUAGUAAAAGUACCAAUUUCUAUUAAUGAUAAAAUUUUUGAAGAACAGAAUAUAAUUGAGAAAAACAGAAACAAAACAACAGUAACAGAGGGCAAAAACCCGGAGAGUUAUUAUGUAGAAGAAAAACUUUUUCCUGUAGAAAUUAUGUCGGGUUGGGAGAAUAACGGCACUGAAAAAAAUAUAUUUACGUCAGUUACUGGUAAUUACCAAAGUCCUUUUAAAAGUUAUUUUACGAACGUCACCAAUUCUGCUCAGCGUUUUUUUACAGAAGAAAUAUCUAUAGCUACAAUAGUUAAUGACUAUAGUGUAAGAGAGAAAUUUCAUGAAAAUGAAUAUAAUACAAAACAAUCCGCAAAUGGGCAACUACUAACCCAGGUAGAGGGUGUUAAUGUUGAAUAUUCAAACAAAACUGUCAAUCUAUCACUGAACUCAAACACUACUAAAGCAGUCAAAGAAAAAGAUUAUCUGUAUAACUUACCUGAUUCCCCAACCACUAACAGUAAUAAUAAAAUGAUUGAUCCUAAUCAAAAAAAUAAACUGGAUAGCUUUAAUAAUGUUAAAUAUGAUACAAUGCAAAAUAAAUCAAUACUCGCCGAUGUUAUUGAUCGCAACGAAAUAAUUAAUCAAUCGAAUUCAUCUAAUACUAACAAUUCGUCAGAUUUUUAUUUUAAAUCCUCGUCAAAAAUACAAACAUCUUUGCCAGAGAUAAAUGAAACAUAUAAGUUAGAACGUAAUAAUGAGUCAACUGACCACCAAGCCUUAAAUGCCAGCUGUUAUGAUAAUUUAAAAAAUACUGGUAACGCAAAUACCAAUGACAAUAAAUUAUUACUUUCAUCUGUGUCUAAAACAAGUUUAAGCAAAGAUGUGACAGAUGCACUAUCUCCAUCGAUCGAUGAAUCAUUAUCUGGAAAAACAUUUGUAGAAACUCAAACUACUGGAACAUCACUUCCCUAUUCCGAAUCUACGUUAAAUUAUUUGGAUAUCGAAAAAUUUCCUGCAGAUUCAAUAAAUUUAGGUUUAGACGUUAACUCAACAAGAACAUCAACAACAAAGGAUAAACUAAUACACAGUGAUUUAACCGAUUCUUUGGCAACGACCAAUUUUUACUACAGAGCCACCACCAAGCCCACAAUUAAUAAAGUUACUAAAAUUAUUAAUGAAAAUAAAACAAAUAUUAUCUCUAAAUCAACUGUUAGAACAGAACAACCUAAUGAUUAUACUGGCGUAAUAAAAAUUGUACCCGAAUUUGUAUGUGUCCAACGUGGAAAGUACUCUGAUCGCUUUAAUUGUAGUAAAUUUUAUUUAUGCAUUGGACUACCUAAGCCACUAAUACGUGUUUGCCCUCCUAAUACUGUAUUCAGUGAAUUUUUAAAACAAUGUACUAAAAAUGUUGCACAUUGCAUAAGAAAUAAUCAGUUUAAAUGUACGACCAGCGGUAGAUUUAAUAAUAUAUUAUCGAACAACAGUUACUUUAUUUGUGUUAAGAAAAAUAAUGGGUUCAUAAGAUUUACAUUACAAUGUCAAAAAGGCUACUAUUUAGAUAAAAGAAAUACAAAAUGUACUCAAGAAUCACUUAGCAUGUCUAAAUCAGGAGAAAAUAAUUCGAAGAAUACAAAAGAAGUAUCUGUUGAAAAGUCCAAGGAAGGAUUUGCUAAGAAAGAUUAUUUCGAAUGUGAAAGAGAAGGUAAAUUUGAAGAUCCAGAGAACUGUAGAAAAUAUUACGUAUGUAAGAAAGCUAGAAACUCAACAUUUAGGCGUAAGAUAAAAGCAUGUGACUCCGAUGAAGUGUUUCAUAAGAAGAAAGGGAAAUGUGUAGAUGAAGAAAGCUAUGAAUGUAACAUUUAAUGUGAUAUAAGAUUUAAUAAUUAAUUUUACUUGAUUAAAGUAAUGUAAAACUAAGUAACAUAUACUGUUUAAUAAUAUUUAAAAAAACAACACUGAUAAUUACUGGUACAAAUAUAGAACUAUAAGUA